CCUUCACUGGAUGAGAUCAUCCUCGGUAAUGAACAACUCACUAUGGCUGGAAUAGUUACUAAUCUUGGAAUCAUCUUUGACAAGGAAAUAUUGUUCAAUGAUCAUAUAAAUCAACUUUGUAGAACUUUCAUCUUAGGAAACCUGUUUAAAAUUUGUAAAUAUCUGACAGAUGACACCACUUCUAAGGUUGUACAUGCUUUUGUAACUACAAAGCUAGAUUACUGCAACCAUCUUUACUUUGGUCUGCCCAAAUAUCAAGUUAACAAAAUGCAGAGGGUUCAAAACACAGUUGCUCGACUAGUCACUCGUUCAUUCAAGUACAAUCACAUCACCCCUUUAUUACAGCAACUUCACUGGCUUCCUGUUUUGUAUUGCGUUGUUUUCAAAAUUUUACUCCUUGUCUACAAAGCUUGUCAUGGACUGUGCCCUGGAUAUGUCUCUGAACAAUGACAGGAGUGAAAACAAUCUCGAAUAAUGCGCUCGAGUUCUUUAGGACUCCUAGCAACAUCAACAUCAAGAACAAAAACAUAUGAAGAUAAAGCAUUCUCAGUCUGUGCACCAAAAUUAUGGAAUGGCCUGCCUAACCAUGUCAGAAAUGUUGGAACACUGCCUUUAUUUAAAAAUAAUCUAAAAACAUAUUUAUUU